AUAUGUGUAACUUUGUGGUCCUCCAUCCAUCUUUUAUCACCACUGUUGCCCCCUCCCUCCCUUCUCUCUUUCUCUCUCUCUCUGCAACCUUCAUUAAGUACUUCAAGUAUCACACAUCACUUGCCUAGCCAGCUCUUUCACAAUGGAUGCCAAAGCCCUUGAAGGGAAGCGCGGUUCCAAAGAGAAAGUGAUCAUCAGAGAAGAUUGCAUUGUUGAUGAAGAUUUAGAGGACGAUAUGGAAGAGGAAGAGGGAAGUGGUGGUUUUGUUGAUGAUGACAAGAAGAAAGGAGUUGGUAUGGUGCAUGGGAAGAGAGGGAGUAGCGGUGGGGCAUCGCCGCCGUCUUGCCAGGUGGAGAAAUGUGGAGCUGAUUUAACUGAGGCUAAAAGGUACCAUAGGCGACAUAAAGUUUGUGAGAUUCAUGCAAAGGCACCAGCCGUAAUUGUUGCUGGCCUUAGGCAGAGGUUUUGUCAACAAUGCAGCAGGUUCCAUGAGCUAUCAGAGUUUGAUGAAGCAAAAAGGAGUUGCCGCAGGCGUUUAGCAGGACACAAUGAGAGGCGCAGGAAAAGCUCAGCUGAAUCCUACGGGGAAGGGUCGAGCCGCAAAGGGUCGUUUGGUGGUCAAGCUCAGCUAAAGGAUAGCCAGUUCAGGCAAGCUGAUGAAAGAGGCAAAUAUCAGAUAACCAUACCAGGGAAUUCUGCUACUUACAAACGAUCCCAAAUCCGGUGAAGGAACAAAAACCCCACCACGCUCCCUCUCUUCUGUCAUCUUGUUAUGGCUGGCUUCAGGCACUUUCAAUAUGCUAUAAAUAUUAUAUCUACAAGGACAAUAUAUCAUAAAUCAUAUGUAGAAGUUGAAGCAAGUAUGCUUUCACUUCCGGUUGUUGUUAUAUCAUGGUGAUUGUUUCCUGAAUAUUACAUUAUGCAAACUAGACCUUUAGAUGGUCUUUGAUAUGAUGUUUAUUGCUCUUUAUAUCUCUCCAUGUGCUUAUUGGCAUUUCCCCAGCUUGUACUUGUUAUUCUAUAAAGAACACUAUUGAUUAA